AUGGCGAAACAAUUAAAAGCGUUUCAACUGAAAAAACGCCAAGCUGCCGAGCUAAUUAAAACCGUGGAACAGUUCACCAGUGAAUAUACCGAUGAUAGAGUGAGUGAAGUAUCAGUGUGUCUAGACCAGCUGGAAAGGUAUUACGAAGAUUUUCUCCAGGCAAGCGCGAAAGUUUCGGAGCUAGAUGAGGAUGGGGCGGAAACGUAUGUGGCGGAACGUUGCGAAAUGGACACGCGUUACCGACGCGUGAAGGGUUUCCUUCUACGAAGGCAACCCUCGAACCCGGGUGUGAGUGAUUCGGUGUUGAUCGCGAAUUCAACGAUGAAUACUACGGGACGAUCGAGUGCUGUGAAUGUGCGUCUGCCGAAAAUCGAAUUACCUACGUUUGAUGGUGAUUCUACCAAGUGGCUUACUUUCCGGGACCGAUUUGUAGCUAUGAUUGAUUCUUCCGCGGACAUUCCUAACAUCAUGAAGCUGCAAUAUCUGCUGUCGUCGUUAAAGGGUGAUGCUGGAUUGCUCUUCGAGCAUACCACCUUAACAGCAGAUAAUUACGACGUGACGUGGACUGCCUUGCUGAAGCGAUACGACAACCCGCGUACGCUUGUUCGCGAGUACUACCGGAAGAUUCAUCACCUACCGACAAAACUCGACGAGCCCGUUGAGUACUGGGAUACGCCGUUCGCCAACCUCUUGCUGAUGAAACUGGACACGGCGACCAUCUUGGCUUGGGAAAACCAUUCAGCACAGCACACGAAAGAUAAGUACAAGGAACCAAGGUUGGUGGGUAACACAGCGACGGCAGGAAGAGCAAUACCGCAUAUGUCAGCGCCACAGCCACCACAACCACCGUGCAUUUUUGGUUGCACGGAGGCUCACCAUUUGCGGGCUUGUCCGGAAUUCGCAAAUAAGGACGUACCCCAACGGCGGGAAAUCGCAACACGAGAACGGCUGUGUUGGAAUUGCCUGAAUCGUCAUCACCAAGUGAGGGAUUGCCGCUCGUCGUACCGGUGCACUACGUGCAAGGCACGACACCAUUCACUACUACAUGUGAAUUCAGCGGUGACCAUGGCUGCGCAAUCCGAUGAGGAAAUGGUUCUUCUGGAAACGGUCCUUCUCCAGCUCGUGGAUGAUCACGGCAACACGUAUGAUGCGCGGGCACUUCUCGAUUCGGGAUCGAUGUGCAAUUUCGUUUCCGAAACCAUGGCGCAGCGAUUGCUAACACCGUUGUCAAAGGUAGACGUUGCCAUAUCUGGUAUAGGGCAACAGAUGCAGCACGUCAAGGGUUCCAUUACAGCGGCCGUUCAAUCGAAAGGGGCUGACUUCUCUACAACAAUGGAAUUUCUUGUACUAAAGACUCCGUCGGCAGAUCUUCCAACCACACCGAUAAACGUAGAGUCGUGGUUCCUCCCGAAUAUAAAAUUGGCUGAUCCUACUUUCCACGUCCCCGGAAAGGUAGAUGUGGUUAUUGGCGGUGAUACAUUUUGGGAACUACACACUGGAAGGAAGCGGUCACUGGGCGAAGGAAAACCAUGGUUGUUGGAGACACCGUUUGGAUGGGCGAUCUCUGGGAAUACUUCCCGUUGUUCUGGGCCCAAUUUGCGGUUGUGUCACCUGGCAACCAAUGAAGGUGACAUUGCAGCUUCGCUACAACGGUUCUGGGAGGCUGAGAGCAUUUUAGAAGGCCCUGCGUUGUCUUUGGAAGAAGACCUGUGUGAGAAGUAUUAUGCUUCCACGACUACGCGAAAUGCUCAAGGUCGCUAUGUCGUGUCGUUGCCGCGAAAUGCCAAACCGGAGAAAGUCCUGGGUUUGUCAAGGGAUAUAGCAGAUCGGCGUUUGUUGGGAGUUGAACGGCGGCUAAAGGCCAAUCCUGUAAUGGAAAAGGAGUAUAAAAGGUUCAUGGUAGAAUACGAGCAGUUGGGACACAUGGUGAAACUCACCGAACCUGUCGACGAUAGUGAGCCGCACUGCUACAUCCCUCAUCAUGCCGUGAUUAAGGAGUCGAGUUCUUCAACCAAGGUUCGUGUUGUUUUCGAUGCAUCCUGCAAAACAACAUCGGGCUACUCCUUGAACGACACUUUACUCAUUGGCCCAACGGUACAAGAUGAUCUGCUCACAAUCAUCUUGCGAUUCAGGAAGCAUUCUGUCGCAUUAGUGGCAGACGUAGAGAAGAUGUACAGGCAGAUCCUGCAUUAUGAUAAAGAUCGAAAACUGCUACGCAUUCGAUAUCGGGAACGUUCAACCGAACCAAUAGCAACGUAUGAGCUACAAACGGUGACCUACGGUACCGCAUCAGCUCCGUUCUUGGCCACUCGUACGUUGCAACAAAUCGCGCAUGACAACAAACAGGAGUACCCCAAAGCCGUAGACUUGCUGACUGGUGCAGCAAGUGUUUCAGAAGCCAUCGAGACACGUAAACAGAUAUCAUCGAUGUUGGAAUCAGCGGGCUUCUCACUAAAGAAAUGGGCGUCGAACAUACCGGCUGCGCUUGAUGGUGUUCCAAGCGCCGAUUUGGCCAUCAAAUCAGUUCUAGACUGGCAAGAAGACCAAGCAGUCUCAACACUGGGCUUGGUUUGGGAACCAUCCAACGAUAUGUUUCGGUUUCGGGUGGAUUUGCCAACCCCUGCAGAAGAGCUGACACGAUGCCUGGUGUUAUCAUACACGGCCAGAAUCUUCGAUCCUCUUGGUCUGUUGGGACCAACGGUGAUACUCGCCAAGAUGUUCCUGCAACGCCUAUGGGGAUUGAAGCACGAGGGGAAGACGCUGGACUGGAAUCGUCCGCUACCAGCGGAGAUUCAGGAAGAGUGGAGGAGGUUCCACUCAACGCUCUAUGUGUUACGCGAACUGCGAGUACCUCGAUUGGUGGCACAUAGCAAUCCGGAAAGGCUGCAGCUGCAUCUCUUCGCGGAUGCAUCUCAAGGAGCCUAUGGAGCAUGUUGUUACGUACGCUCGGAUUCGACACGGGGCUCUACGGUUAGAUUGCUAGCGGCUAAGUCCAAGGUGGUGUCCCUCUCAAACACACAUUCCAUCGCCAGAUUAGAACUGUGUGCAGCACGGCUAGCAGUACACCUGUUCCAGAAGGUGAUUCGAGCACUCAACGUUUCAUCGACGACGGUUAUCUGUUGGACAGAUUCCAUGACCGUCAUGCAUUGGCUCAAAUCAUCACCUCGUCGAUGGAAGCCGUUCGUCGCCAACAGGGUGGCGCAAAUACAAGAGGAGACCCGAAUUUCAUGCUGGCGUCAUGUUCCUGGUAGCGAUAACCCGGCGGAUGAUAUAUCGCGCGGGUUGAGGCCCGAAGAGUUACUGCAGUGCGAGCGAUGGUGGCAGGGGCCACGUUGGUUGUCCUACGGACAGGAAGAGUGGCCGGUGGAACCAGUACUCGCGAAAGAGAACGAGACGGACAUCGAGGAGCGGUUAGCGGUGUCCAAAAUAGUCAUCACCUCUACGACGUGUGACUUUAGCAACAUACUUUUCGCACGUUAUUCCUCGUACGGCAAGUUGCGAAGGGUUGUUGCUUAUUGCUUGCGAAUCCUCUCCAACCUCAGGGCGAGCAAGUCAACGUCGAUCAACAGCGUCAAGCGGAAUACGGACAUGAAGACGCUAUUGAGUUCCGUUCCACCGCUUACAGCGGCGGAGUUGCAGGAUGCGGAACUGAGGUUGUGUCAACGGGCACAACAUGAUUCGUUUGCGGAGGAGAUGGACGACCUGAAACGAGGAAAGCUGGUGAGCGGAAGGUCGAGACUAAAGUGGUUGUCUCCAUACCUCGACCCAAAGGGUGUGUUACGCGUCGGUGGCCGGCUUGGUAACGCCAACAUACCAGAGUCAACCAAACAUCCGAUUGUCCUCGCUGCAUCACAUCGGCUGUCGACACUACUGGUCGAGAACACUCAUCAUCAAAAGAUGCACGCGGGGCCACAAUUCAUGUUAGCAGCAAUCCGGCAGAAGUUUUGGUUGAUUGGGGGCCGAAACUUAGCAAAGAGCGUGUAUCAUCGAUGCCACACAUGCUUUCGGAACAAGCCAACGCUGGUGAAACAGGCGGUAGCUGAUUUGCCUAAGUCACGAGUGACACCAACGCGACCGUUUGCCGUCAGCGGCGUCGACUACUGUGGGCCGUUUUUGUUAAAGUCGACCGUCCGCAACCGAAGCCCAACGAAGGCAUACAUCGCGAUAUUCGUAUGUUUCGCGACAAGGGCAGUCCAUAUCGAGCUGGUGAGUGAUCUCACAUCGACUGCUUUCCUAUCAGCACUACGUCGCUUUGUCGCGAGACGUGGUAAAGUAGCCGAAUUGCAUUCGGACAAUGCAACGACGUUCAAGGGCGCGGCACACGAGUUGCAUCGCAUCUAUAGGAUGCUGAAAAUCGAUGAGGGUGAAUAG